AUGUCCUACGCCGACGCCACCGCUGGCAAGAAGCGAGACGCUAGCAAGAAGCGCGCCGCAUCGACUGCCCUCGACAAGGCGGCGGAGGAAGAAGCCCUCGCUAAAAAGCACAACGCAUCGUCCGCCCUCGACGAGGCGAUGACCGACGACGAAGCCCUCGCCGCCGGACAACGGCCGGGCGACGACCCCGACUCCGCCAUCGCCCCGGCGAGCGACGGCGCCGAAUCCGAUCCGGCAGACGCCGAGCAUGUCGACACCACGACGGGUGAGUCCACCUCGGAGGGCGACGUCGACAUGGAUGAGAGGCCCAUCUCCCAGCGCCUCAAGCGCCGCGGCGGGAGCAAGCCCCCGCCGCCUUACAGUGGCCACGAUGACGACGAGGAAUCGUCCGACGAGGACGUCGGAGGAGAGAGCGUGGAGGGGAACGGGGCGGAGCAGGCGGGGGGGGCGCAAGCCGCCAGCAGCUCCAACACCAACCCACCUCGCCAGACCUUCUCUUGCUCCAUCUGCGCCCGAGACUUCAAGACAGCCAAGUCGCUCUGCACGCACUUCAAGACGCACAACUACACGCCCGUGGACCUCGCCUCCAGUGGGCUCACCAAGUGCGGAUGCUGCGCCCAGAUCUGCUGCCUCAUCCCCAACAAACUUCCGGAUGGCUCGGGUGGCAACGGGACGAGCAUGUUCUUCAACCACCUCUCGUCUCACAACGACCCGCAGCACAAAGCCCACAAGGAGAAGAUCACGCCGAAGGCCGAGUGCACCGACGCCAUCGCCAAGGCACUGCAGCACGCGGCGCCGGGCACACCGGGCGCCAACCUGACCCACGCUGACAACCGUGGCGUCUCGGCUGCCACUCGCACCCGGCGGCUCGCGUGGGCGCCCGCCGUCCCGGGCGCCGCUGCGUGCUCUGCUGCUGCUGUUGCCGCCCUCCGCAACGCCACCGGCGUCUCGCUUGCUUGGAACUCCCCCUCGGGGGUGGCCGACACGAUCAACCUCAACACCACGCCCGCCGCAGACUACGAUCUCUCCAUCUGCGACAGCGUCUCGAUCGAGUGCCUCAAGCGUCUUCACCUACAGAGCCAGGACUUCCCCGACAGCAAGGAGUACCGUGCAAAGAUCCGCUCAGUGCUCGAGUUCGGGAUGAAGGCCUUCGGCGGCAACCCCAACGCGCCCGGCACCGAAGACGGCGCCCGAGGUGCCAUCUUCGUCGUCGCCUCGACGAUCCUCGUCACCUGCCGGCCGAGCGGCUCGCCGCGCUACACGACCGACCAGAUGGUCGAGCGCGCCGCAACCAUCGCCCACUCGCCCGACGGCUUCCUGGCCCUCUGGAAAGAGCUGGCACUCUCCGCCUCCGUCCCGCCCACCCCACUGGAGCAGGGCGACGCUGCCGACUCGCCGGGCCCCUCGCAGCCUUCCAUGGAACAGAUGGUCAAGAGGGCCCACUACUACGCGAACCGGGGCGAGUUCGGCAAGGCGUGGGCGGCCUUCUCGCCCUCCGCGCCCGCCGACGGCCGCGACCCCAAGGUCGUCGCCAACUACCUCGGCAAGACGCCGCAAGCGCGGGCCCCGCCUGCCAGUGUCACCGCCGACGAACCGGGCGUCGCGCGCUAUGAACUGAAGAGGAAGUUCUUCAACAAGUUCGCAAAGUCUUUGCCUCGCGCCCGCAAGGGCGGCCCGACCCAAGUCGACUACGAGCUCGUCCGCAUCGUCACCGAGUCGACCGACGGGGCGGACUGCCUCUUCAACUUCUGCACCUCCGUUGGCUGGGGUGUCAUGCACGAGCGUCUCAAGCGGCUUGAGGACGACCUCAACGCCGUCUGCCUCUGGAAGGACGAUGGCGUCAGCUGCCGGCCCCUCGGGCUCUGCAGCAUCUUCACGCGCUCAGCCGAACGGUGCAUCGCGCUCCAGGAGCGCGACUGGGCGGAGCAGUUCUGCACCACGCAGCUGCCUGAGGUUGCCAAGGCCAGGGCGGAGGCACUCGAGGACGCCACCGUCACCACCGCCACCGCGGAAGCCGCGUACACUUCGAGGUGCAUCACGCACGGACACGGCUCGGCCGAGGCGACGGCCGCUCUCGCCGACCUCGAGGCGGCCGAGGCUGCGGAGGAGCGCGCCCGUGCGCCAGUCAACUUCCCGAAGAACUACGCGUUCUCCAAGAACGACACUCACCUGUACGCCCACACCGUCGCGGACCAAGCGCGGGCUCCGCCUCUCGCAGCGAGCGCUUCGGGCCACUUGCAGCCGCAUCCCAUACCGCAGCCGCAGCCGCAGUCCCCGCAGCAGUCCCACUUCUUUGCAACGAUACCUCCCGAUGCGGUACUCGGGCAGCAGCUGACGAUCGCAGCGCCAAACGGCACGUCCGUCUGGUUCCGAGUGCUGCCCGCCGAGUGCAUGCCCGGCUCGCGGGUGCAGAUCGCGCAUGACCCGGCCUCCGACCCGGGCACCGUUCAGCUCGUCCCUGACCCGGCCGUGGUUCACUCCCUGCGGGCGAUGGGCUAUCCUACCUCGCACGCCGUGCGCGCAGCGCUGCACGAGUUCGGCACAGAGGCGUGUGUGGCUUGGAUCUUCCGUGAGCUCGAGCCGCAGCCGCUCCGGUCGAGCUGGGCGUCGGCGUCUUCCUCGACUCUCUCCAUUCCGCCCCUCGAGGUGAGGACGCCAGGCCGCGCUAUCGAUCACACCAGCACCCACCUCACGAGCCGGUUUUAG